GUGAGCCCGAAAUGGGAGGGGGACAGAGGGAGGGAAGAAAGAACGGCAUGAGAAGGGAGGGGGCCAGGGAAGGAAUGAUGUAUACCCCCAAAGGGUCAGAUAGGGAGAUAGUGGGUUGGAAUAGAUGAGGAAGGUGUUUAGAUUAGGAACAGUGAAUGUGAGAGGGUUGGGUGAACGAUCCAUUAAGUGGAAGACUAGGGAAUUGCGGAAACUAGUGGAGAGGGAGAAACUACACAUCCUGUGCUUGCAGGAGACUAGGCUGAAGGAGGAGAGAAUCCCGCGGGAUGGGAGAAGGGAGUUUGGGGAUGGAUUCCGGAUCUCGGCUCCGACAAUGGGAACGAUGGGAGGAGUGGCGAUUAUAACGACUAGGUAUUUCCAGGGGGAGGUGUUAGACUUCCUUGUAGAUACACAAGGGAGGUGGGUGUGGAUAUGGAUGGAGAUGAAUGGUCAGAAGUACCUGGUGACAACGGUUUACGGCCCCUCGGAUACAACAGAUAGGAAGUGGUUUUGGAGGGAGCUACCUACACAUGUCCCGGAAACCACCAACACAAUGUUGAUGGGGGACUUUAACAUUGUGAUCUGCCCAGGAUUGAACUCUGCACAAGGGGGACAGAUUCGGCCAGAUGCGGAGGCUUUAAAGAAAAUGAUGGCGGAGUUGGAAAUAAAAGAUGCCUUUAGGAAGACUUGGCCGGGGGAGAAAGGAUACACAUGGACAGGGCCGGGGCCGGGGAGAAGGAGCAGAUUGGACAUGGCAUGGCUGCAAGAGGAUGUGAUGCACAGAUUGGUGAGAGUGGCAACCAGACCGGUGGCGCUCUUAGACCAUAAACUGUUGAUGAUAGAAGUGUUAUCCCCAGCUCUGGUGGAAACACAGGCCCCGCCGCCAACGGUUCCCCAUUGGAUGUUUAGGGACCUGCUGCAUAUCAGACUGAUAAGGCAGCAUUGGGAAUAUUGGGAGAAAUUGAGAACCCCGGGAACAUCAGCGGCCAAACACUUUCAAACGGGGCUGCAGGAACUGGCCAACCUCUUGUUAGCAAGAGCGAAAGCCACAAGGCAAGCACAUAUGAGGACAGGACAAGAGUUCGGCGAAAGAUUGGAAGACCUGGGAGCGGACCCCCCAGAGGGAGAGGAGGAGGAAUGGUGUAUACAGUGGGCGGCGCUUAAAGCGCAGUGGGAGGAGUGGCAAAAGGAAGAUGCACGAAAAUGGAGGGUGGUGUCUAAAACGAAGUGGGUGAGAUUGAGAGAGAGGAUGUCGGCUGCCUUCUUUGGGCAAAUGCAAACAAGAGGAAGAGCCAUGGUAAUUACCGCACUGCAGCACCCAUUUCGGACGGACGAGCCAGUGGCGAAGACCACACAGGUGAUAUUGCGGUAUGCGGAGACCUUCUAUUCAGAUUUGUACAUGGAGUCAGAGAGAUGGGGGAAGGAGGAAAUGAGGGAGGCUGCACGAACUGGGAUCUGGGAAAAGGCAGCGACCAAACUGCGGGAAGAGCAGAGCUGGGAACUAGAGGAAGCCAUAACGAGUCAAGAGAUAACCAAAGCAUUUGCAGAUAUGCCAAAAAGGAAAGCGGCGGGCGCGGAUGGCCUGCCGAUGGAUCAUCUUCAGGCUGCAGAAGAAGUAUUCAUGCCACUGCUACAAGAAUUGUGCAAUGCAUCCUUUGUAGGAGGGCAACGGUUCCCGGAGGGGUUUGGGGAGGCGACCAUCAUCCUGCUGCAUAAGAGGGAAGAUUUAACAAAUAUCAAGAAUUGGAAACCAGUAUCGUUAUUGUCAGCGCCAUACAAAUUAUAUGCAAAAAUCCUGGCAAAUCGAAUGACGAAGUUCCUCCUAUCACUCAUCCAUCCAACCCAGACGGGGUUUGUUCCAGGAAGACAGAUUCUAACCAACGCCAUCAUGGCAAGGGAGGUCCUGCACAGAGCUGCUGACACAAUGCCACCAGUAGCGGUUCUGCUUCUGGACUUUGAAAAAGCAUAUGACAGAGUUAGAUGGCGAUUCUUGAUACAAGGGUUGGAGGAAAGAGGGAUUGGAGAUAUGUUUGGGAGAGCAGUGGGAUGUUUGCUGGCAACCGCCACUACGAGAGUGCAGAUAAACGACUUCUGCUCAGGAUUGUUGAGCGUCACGCGAUCGGUUCGGCAGGGGUGUCCUUUAUCACCGACAUUGUAUGUCUUGUAUGUUGAGCAUCUUCAUGAUAUGAUCCGGGCGGACCACGGGAUCCGGGGAGUCCAUCUUCCGCAGGGUCAAGACCUGAAGUCGAAUAGCUUCGCGGAUGACACAGCAGCAUUCGUGGAAUGUUCACAGGACUGUGUGCAGGCGCUGCGAACACUGGUGCAAACCUUCCAUCACUUUGCAGGGGCGAAGGUGAACUGGGCAAAAUCGUUGGUCCUGCUACCAGAGGGUGGAGAGGCGGCGUGCUUUCCAGAGAUGCGCAUCCUGCCACAAGAACAGAACACACGUUACCUUGGCAUCAUGAUACCGGCGGCGCUAUCGACGGGCCAACAGAUGGAGGAGUUGUUGUCAGUGACCUUGACAAAGAUGCACAGGUGGACGGGCCGGGUGGAGGUGGGCGUGGUGGGGAGAGUGCUAGUAGCGAACAAUGCGGUGUCAUCCACUUUGUGGUACGUGGCACCACUGUCGGACCCAGGGAACAGAGCAUGGCGAAGGUACAAGACGGCGCUCCGGAGAUACCUAUGGAAAAAUGACCCCUAUGUGCCACAUCUUAUACAGGGUGAGGUGGGAGAAAUUGAUACAGCCGCGACGGGUGGGAGGGUUGGGCUUGUUGGAUCUGCACAAGCAAGCAACAACGCUGCAAAUGAGAACAGUGCUUUGGCUCCUGCUGGAAAGGGAUGAUGACCUCUGGAAGAUCCUCACACUACACAGGAUGGCACAGGCUCUGGGGGUGGAUCCUGCGGACGUAGAGACGGUGCUGCUGCACCCGUAGUUGCAACAGGGACUCACUCGAGAUGAACUCUGGUCACCGAUGUUGGAGAAAUAGAGGAAAUCCCCCUUGAGACAGAAAGCACCCCAGUC